CCUUUUGCGUGUCAGCUUGUAAACAUUGCUUUUAUUUUUGUUGACGUUAAAUCGAUGUAUCACAAGUGCGCGCGCAAUAAUUUUGGUGUUUUGAAUCACGCAGCUGCCGCAAUGUCGAGUCGCCGGGGCCUGUUUAUCGUGUUCGAAGGAUGUGACCGGACAGGAAAAACCACUCAAGUCAAGUUGCUUGCGGAGGCAUUGGCGGGCCUGGGCCACAAGACCGAAUCCAUAGCGUUCCCCAAGCGCACUACCGCCACCGGCAAGCUGCUCGACGCUUACCUCGCAAAGGGCGCCAACCUCGACGAUCACGCCGUUCACCUGCUGUUCUCCGCCAACCGAUGGCAGGAGGCCGAAUCGAUACGUCAAGCAGUGGCGCAACAGAGGACAGUAAUUUGUGACCGUUAUGCCUACUCCGGCGUCGCUUUCACGGCCGCCAAAUCUCUCGAUUUCACAUGGUGUCAGCAGCCCGACAUGGGGCUGCCGGAGCCGGACGUUGUUUUGUAUAUGUGUGUGACGCCUGACGUGCUGGACGCUCGUGACGGCUUCGGCGACGAACGGUACGAGAACGCCGAGUUUCAAGCCAAAGUUCGCGCGAACUAUGACCGUUUGGCCGCACUGGAUAGUGGCACUGGCCGUUGGGUGAAUGUUGACGCGACACAAAGCAUCGAGACGGUUCAUCUUAACGUCCUCAAAGCUGUAUUAGAUGCUAUGUCCCGAGGAGUCGGUGAUCUAGGAAAGUUGUGGUGGAAAUAAACAGCCGCGUAGCCGUCGUGGUCACGAUGGAAGAAACUUACGCUUCCACCGUUGUUGCGGUCCGUUUUGACUGGUUUUGAUGUGAUGAAAUACCAGCGAAACGAAGCGUGUAAUACGUUCUAAUGAAGUGUUGCUCUAUGUAACAGAUUCACGAAAGUUUUCAUUAAAAAAUAAAUAAAUUUG